AUGAUGUGUGAUCCUGUAAAUCCUUUUGGAAAACUUGCUGAGAAAUACGGAGAUAUUUUUACACUUUCGUUUCCAAAGGAAAUUAUGGUGGUGCUAAAUACAGCCUCGCUUGCACGGGAAGCAAAACUUGAAAGGAAAGAUGAUCUUGCAGGCAAAUCACCUAAGUCCUUUUAUCCUUUUGGUGAAAUUCUAGGUGAAGACUUAGCUACAAUGGAUUAUUCAACUGCGUUUCUAUUUCGCAGAAGAGUAUUCAAGUCAGCUAUGCAUGUUUUUGGAGCGGGCGCAGAAGAAGCUGAGGAUCGAAUGAGACAUGCUGUUGAAACUGCGUUGCAUGAGAUCGACAAUAUGGAAGGUCAGCCCUUCUCACCAAAGGAACUUUUGGAGUCUUCAAUACUGGUACAACUUUGGGAAUGGGUUACAUCAAAGAAGUUAUCACUACAUGACCCAACUAUAGAGCAUCUCAGAGAAUUUGGUGAUAUAGUUUCAAAACAAGCUUUGCAAUCUUCUUUAUACCAAUUGAUUCCAUUUUUAACGUAUCUGCCAACACAGUUCACUCGGGAUAUCAAGCGUGCACUACAAUUAAAGAACAAUUUGUUUCCCCCAGUAUUUCGAGCACACCUGGAGACCUACACGCCUGGCGUUAUUCGGGAUCUUACUGAUAGCUUUAUCUGUGCCUACGAGAAAGAGAUGGCGAAAGAGACUGGUAAAGACAUUGGGUCCAUUGAAGACAUCCCAAAUAUAAUGGUUGAUGUUACCUUCCUUGGAUCAGAUACAACGUCCACGUCACUUGCUUGGUUUAUUUUGUAUGUUUUGUUACAUGAUGAGGUUCAAAAGAAAAUUCACAAAGAGCUAGACGUUGUAAUGGAUAAGGAUCGCUUACCUCGUUGGAAAGAUGCUGAGAAAUUUCCGUACCUACAAGCUACAUUGUGUGAAGUACAAAGGAUAUCAGGUGUAGCUUUAAUUGCCGGGACUAACGCUAUUCGUGACACAACCAUCGCUGGUUAUCACAUUCCAAAAGGUACCUUUGUUGCUCUUAAUUACACUCAACUGCACCACGACGGGAGAGAUUGGCCAGAGCCAAAUAAAUUUAGACCUGAACGAUUCCUAGAUUCUGAUGGAGCAUUCAUUGGUUGGUCCAAACAUCAUGCAUUUCUACCAUUUAGUCUUGGUCGUAGGGAAUGCGCUGGCCAGUCAUUGGCAAAGAUAAUGAUGUUCAAUUUCGCUUCAACAUUGUUACAUCGUUACAAGAUCGAAUUGCCAGAAGGAGCAGACAGGCCAAGUACAGACAUUUCCGGCCCAGCACUAGUUGUACGACCACAAGAUUUUAAAGUUGUUGCGAAAAAACGAUUUUGA